GCUGUCGCUGUGAGCAACCCCCAAGCCCAGAGGCGGAGCCUGCCGCGGUUUGAAUCCGCCCACAAAGAAAGGACUCUCCCUGUCGUUUUGUUGCGCUUUCGGAGAGGGAGCCUUGCAAACGGCACAUCAGCGAGCCAACAAAGAUAUUUUAAAGCUGCUUUAUUAUUAUUGUAUUAUUAUCAUUAUUUUCCACCCUGGGUUUAGAAGCAGGAGGACGCUGCUCCUUCCACCCGGACUUCUGGAACUUAGCAGGGCCCAUUAACUUCACCAGCCGCAACUAUGAUCCGAGGAGGCGUCUCGUCCUCAUCCUCUUCCCAUCGGAUCGAGCCUUUGCUUGCGACGCGGAGCCGAACAGCAUGAGAGAAGCGCACCACCAGCGCCAAGGGCAGAGCCCCGCCGGAGCAUCCGGAGCCUCGGACCCUUUGCCAGCCCCGGGCAGGGAGGUAGUGCUUCGUCACCAGGAAGCAGGUCUAUUCAGUAACCGCUAUGAAGUGCACAGGACCUCCGGAGAGCCAGAAACUUGCCUUGGCAAUGGAGCAUGCUCUAGCAAGAGAGACAGAGACUUGGAAGGUGCCACUCUUCCAUGGUUUCACACUGAAGGGCACGGACAUAUCUCCGUUUUAUUACCAGAAAGCCAUUUUGUGGAUCAGGGAAUUGAGUUCGCUCUUUCAGUUUUGCUCCGAAACAUUUGCUCUGGCUGUCAGCUUUUUUAACCGGUUGUUGGCAUCAGUGAAGGCACAGUUAAAAUACCUCCAAUGCAUUGCCACAGCUUGCCUGGUUCUCGCAGCAAAACUAAAUGAGGAAGAUGAGAUAAUACCAUCGGUAAAGAAGCUUGCAGUGCAGAGUGGUUGUAAAUGUUCUCCAGCUGAGAUUGUGAGAAUGGAAAGAAUUAUACUCAAUAAACUUCACUGGGAUCUUUACACAGCAACAUCAAUCGAUUUCUUAAACAUUUUCCAUGCCAUGGUGAUGUCCAAGUGGCCCCAUCUACUAAAUGGGCUGCCUCAGAGGAAUCCUUCCCGCCAUGCCGCAUUCUUGACCAAGCAGCUACAGCACUGUAUGGCAUGCCACCAAGUAUUGCAGUUUAAGGGCUCCACAUUGGCUUUGGUGAUCAUCACCUUAGAGUUGGAGAGGCUGACUCCUGACUGGUUUCCUGCAAUUACUGAUCUGCUAAAAAAAGCACAGAUCGACAGCACCCAAUUCAUCCACUGUAAAGAGCUGGUUGAUCAGCACCUCCUGGGCUUCCAACCAUCCAAUGCUGUCUAUAUUUUCAACCCUGCAAACCAAAACAUCCAAACUCACCUGGGCAAAAGGUUACCCUGCUGUUAUUCCAUAGUGAAGCAAACAACACAGAUUAACUCAGGAGCCAGAGGGAGCUGGCCAGGCCCACCAGCUUUCAUACUUCUGAGAGCCAAAACCCAUGAAGAUGACAUGCAGCCUGAUGAAUUCUAUGAUGGAUUCAAAUACCUCUACAAUGAAGAUGGGAUCCCAGAAGCUGGGCAGACCAGCAGUAUGGGUGGCAGCGAUAAUCAGAGGCAAGAAGAAGGCAACAGCACUUGUCCACCAUUACAGCCUGUUCCUCCAAUUGACUAAUGAUUUCUGUGUAGCACCACAGGGCCAAUGAGUUCCAAAGGCUAUUUCAGGUGUUAGUAGAGCUGUUAAUAAGAAGCACUGCCUAUUUUUGAAACCUUUAACUCUCUACCUUUUAAAAUGCUUUCUGCAGCCCUGCAUGCCUUUUUUCAUAGAAUCAGAGUCAAGAGUCAUCUAGUCCAACCCCCUGCAAUGCAGGAAUCUCAGCCAAAGCAUCCAUGACUGAUGACCGUCCAACCUCUGCUUCAAAAACCUCCAAGGAAAGAGAGUCCACAACCUCCCAAGGGAGACUGUUUCACUGUCAAACAGCUCUUACCUUUGUUUUGAUAUGGCCACACUCUAAGAGAUUGAAGGCUAAAAAGAACAGUGCUCUACAAGCUGCUGAAAUACACAACUUCAGGGAUCAGCAUUCAGCAGAUGGGGCUAUGUGCUAUGCUUAGAAAUACAGAUCAAACCCUAUUCCAGGAAGGAGUGGGAGCUUCCUAGGUUUCUCUUCCUUUUUGUGUACACAGUAGGAUAGUUUGUUUUUAUUCAGACACUAAUUGUGGUCUCCUGCACAAGCUAACCUUUUGUACAUCAUUACUGAGCUGUGAAUGAGUCCUGAAAAUUAGUUGUAGGGAUGAGAGGACAAAUGACAUGCAGCUAGGCUCAGACAGCUAAGCUAAGAUAGGGGCCAGCAUGAAGACACUUUCCAGGCGUUGAUCGAAUAGAACACCACUUGGAUAAAGGUGUGGGAGCUGGGCUUCAACCUUAGCGAAAUUGUGCUACAAGAAGAGUUUACCUUUGCUGAACAAUUUAAACUUUUCUCCCUGCUGACUGACUCUGAAAUCAAAGACAACUGGAGUGCUCAUCAGAUUUCAACCCUACAGGACUAUGGAAGAAUUCUUAAAACUUUGGAACUUUUCUUCACACGGUGCAAUGCAAUGUCUCUGGCUUCUUUGCCAUGAGGACUUUUUGACAAGAUCAUAGGAAGUUGUACUUGGAGGAGAGAUUGCAGGAAAGUUAUUCAAGGGUCACAUUUAGCAAAAAGGGAAAAGGGGGGGCAGCAUUUAAAAUUAUUCAUAUUUAAAAUUAUGUAUGGAGCAAGCUUCCCCGUUCCAGUUGUCAGGGCUGACAGCUCAAAUUCAAGAGAGCUUACCAUUAGUAUACACACCAUCACCAUCCUGUAUUAUGUGUUUGUUUUUACAAUGACAUGCUCAGCUGAAGCAUACCUGUAUCUGGUCAUGCAAUUCAGCUCUGAAUGAAUACUGCAAGCAUCAUGCAAAGUUCAUCUGAGUAGAUAAUUGCGAAUUCCUCCUGUACUUGGUGUCUUAUUCCUAAAUGCAAGAAAUGGGCAGGCCUGUUUUGAUGCAGGUGAAAUACGCUUGCUAAUGAGGUUAGAUGAACAACAAAAUGUUGGCUUCUGGAAUUCUUAUCGGAUCUAUGGGAAGGGGGGCAACCAUUUCUGCACAUAGCAUUCAAGAAGGAUGCUACAGGCACACUUCCGCAGUGAUGUCAUAGAACUGUGGAAUGGUACAGAAUUCACCAUCCCAGAAUCUUUUUAAUUAAAAAAAAUUAAAAUAAGAUUCUAGCCCUAUGAAAGGACAUAAAAUACGCCUGUACAACUUGUGACUCACACAGUUGAACAUACCGUAGUACCCCCAGCCAUGUAUUGUAGCUCACCAAAUAGUUCUCUCAUUGCUCUUACAAUUAUAGUCCCUGGCAGGCAAUAAAAAUUGUUGUUGUUGUGGAGGGACACCAUCUCUGGUGAUCUGUAUUUGGUUUGAUGGGCCAUGUAGUUCAGGACUGAUAUAGACAAUAGUUCUAUUAGAUUUUUAUUAUACAAAUAUAUUCCCUGUCUUUUAAUGAUAAAAUCAGUUAUCCUGUGCUUCCUUCAGAGAGCUCAAAGCAGCCCACAUAGUUCUUUCAGUUUUUACACUUGGGACAAUCCUAUAGGUUGGUGCAGAGAAUGUUGCAGCCCAAGGUCACUAAGUCUAAGUGGGAAUCUAAACACAGAUUUCCUUGGACGCUAAGCAGGUUUUCUAGUGAUGCAGAGUAGGAUUUCAAGCAGCUGGAUCGCCUAUUGCCCUCUCACAAAAGCAGAAGUUGUGCAAAAUAAGCCGUGACAACCCUUACCUGUAAUUUUCAAGAAUCUCACAGAUUUUAGCUUUUCUUGAUGCGGCAUUCAUAUUAACUUGAGCAUGUUGCUUUAAUGUUAAAAAGCAUACAGAGCCCUCUCUAUGAAAGCUCAAACCCUUGUUUCAGCAGGAAGGUGUACAAUAGCACAAUGCUGAGCUGUGCACAGAAAUAGGCUCAGAUUCUAUAACGCUGAAGGGUACAGCGGAGCAAAAAUAGUUCAAUUGUGAUUGGAUACCACAAGGAGACUGUCGAUCAGUGUCACACUGGCAGCUCUAGUCUGCAGCAAGCAGUUAAGGGAAUAGGUACAGAUACUUACUGCAGGUCCAGUAUUGCCAGAUAAGCAGUCUCUCCCUGGUCCCACUUGGUAUAACAAUCAAUAAAUAACUGCAGCAAGAAUCCCACACCUAGUCAAUGCUCCAGCAGAGGUGCAUUUAUCACCAAACACAAAUGCAUUAUGUGCUCAUGCCAAUUGUCCUUAGCACUUUGGAAAAACCGUGUCUCAAGUUAAACGCAUUAAUAGGUGCACACCUUAAAUGUUUUGGCCCCAAAUCCUAAAAAGCCGUUUGUGCAACGACAUUGGGCCUACAUUUAAAGAAUGACUUGAGGGUGAAGAUGGCCCCGGUUAACACUUUGGCACCCAAGGUACCAAAUGAUACCCCUUUGCACAUACAGUGGUACCUCUACUUAUGAAUGUUUCUACUUACGAAUGGAGCUCCGUCCGCCAUCUUGGAUGCGGUUUAGAUAGGAUUUUUUUCUACUUACGAAUUUUUAGAUAGGAUUUUUUCUACUUACGAAUUUUUUCUCCCAAUGCCUUCCUAUGGGAUUCGACUUACAAAUUUUUCCUACUUACAAAUGUGUGUUUGGAACGCAUUAAAUUCGUAAGUAGAGGUACCACUGUAGUAAAAAUGUCACAGUCAACUUCAUUAUUGACUAUUUUUGCUCUCUCUGCUCAUGGUCCCCCAAACUGUGCUUACGGAGGUGCUCCCCUAGCUAAUAGUAAGGGACAGAAGGAUCAAGAGGGCAAUAUAUGCAUAAAGUCUUUAAAAAGACUCAGCAAAACAUCGCACCAAUGUGAAGAUCAUAUGUGAAGAUGGGAUCUUUUGCACAGCUGCUGUGGAACACAGUAGCUAUGGAAAAACCACAGGUGAUAUUCUGGUACCCAACCUAUCGCCAGAGGGAUGUGGGUACAACACUGCAGGUGCUCAAGAGACAAAAUCUGCAUUAUGUUAGCAGUCGGUGUUUCUGGCACAGUGUACAUGCUUCCAUUCAGCUUGCUCACACAGCACUCUCAGAAACUUUUCCUGUGGUAACCGCAUGCCUGAUGGUUGCGUGAAGAGGCCCUGAAACACACAUGGCAGGUGCACAUUGCAGCAAGUGUCGGAAUACGCCAGGAAAGCACAACGUGAAAGCUACUAACAAACCUCCAAACUGUGAAUGUUACGCUUAGUGCUAAAGAACUCCAAAGCAGUACCUUGCCAGCAUGGCAGCAAAGGAGUGGUGCUGAUACAUAGGAAAUAAGCUAAGAACCGAGGAAUUUAAUUAUGCAGCAUGUUAAACUGCAAAAUCGGUUGGGAUUUCUCUAUAUAUCUAGAUGUCUAGUUAUUCAGGGAAAGCUUGGGACAAAACGUCCUUGGUCUUGCUUUUUUUUAUGAGACCAAAAGCAUUGUCCUUUUCUUUGAUCACAAACUGUGACUUGACUGUUUAUAUUUUUAAUAUAGGAAAACAUUUUUUGUUUUUAAUGUGGGUGACCCCUCCCUUUUUGUUAUAUAAAAACGUACUUGAAAUAUUGUGUCUGUUUUUUCUUCUUCCCUGGAAUCACGUCUCUGCAGUUUCUUUCAGUCUGAUCAUAGAAUGACAAUGAUACUGAACUCUGUUAAUUGUUUAUAUAAUACGGUAAUUAUAUAAAGGGGAUACUAUAUAAUGGGAAUAAUAUAUUCAUAGAGUUGGAAGGGACCCCAAGGAUCAUCUAGUCCAACCCUUUGCAAUGCAGGAUUUAUUUUUGCCUAACAUGGGACUCAAACACAUGGCUCUGAUAUUAAGAGUCUCGUGCUUUACCAACUGAGCUAUGGGGAGAGCAACCCGUGUCCCUGAUCCGCCGUUCUGGAACUUGUUCAGAUGGGGUGGAGGUGGCCCCACAUUGGGGCUCUGGCUUGAGGAACUCUGCUGUUCGUUGGCGGAGCCUUGUCAAUGAGGAGCACCCCAGUGUGCUUCCCAAAAUUACACGUGGGUUGGCAUCUCUGGCAGUGUUGAAGGCAGCCCAGUGCAGUAUCCUGUGUGGACAGUGCUGCUGUCAAGUGAGGGUUAGGGUUAGGGUUAGACCUGAUUUGGACCUCUCUGUCUUGCUAGCACUGGUAGCUGGCACUGCAAAGAGAUACCUUCCCCUAUCCUGCCUGGCCAGUAGGGUGUUGCAAAAUACCCUCUUGAGAGCACCAGGCUGGGCCAACAGAGCUAUGCAUGCCAUGUUUACACCACUUUCUGUUCCCUACCUAACAGAAUUCAAGCUGUUUCUUAUUUGUAAAACACUGCAGCUGCUGCCUUCAUCUUCUGAUGCUUUACUCAUAGCCCUCAUGACACAAAACAACAUCUCCCCUUGAAUUCGUGCUCAUCGAGAUCUAAGGGCACAGGGACAUAAAAACUCUGGAAACAGUUGCUAUACAGUCGUAGAGCUUGCAUCCCUCGGGCCAUUUCGGGGCGAUACCAAUAAAGGUGGCUGAGAUUAAGUAAGUAAGCAGCUAUUGAGACACUGGGUGCUGUUGGCCAUUAACAGGAAUUUCUCUAUGGAAUUACUGGUGGGAAUUCCCACCCGUAGUCAGGGAGAAUGGGGAAGAGUAGCCAGUUCACACUGUGAAUGACCCCCCAGAGAACUGCUAAGUUUGGAGAAAAUUGAGCCAACUGAUGCAUUUUAGGAUCAAUGUAGGGCACCAACUUUACAGCAAUUGUUCUCACAUUUUGCCUUUCCAAUACGUUUCAAUUUUAUGUGUUUCACUUAUUUUGCUAAAAAUAUAAAUAAAUUACAAAAUACACCAAAGCCCAUAUUGGUCCCUAUCCACACAGUUUUCGGUCUUAACACAAUGAGAUAGCCAAGUAACAGCUUGUUAAUGGAAUGUUUAACAUUUUUUUGUUGUACUUGUCUUUUUUGAUCUUAUCUCUGAACAGGGCAGGAAUUUAGGCCUUUGCGUCACAAAAUAAACCGUUUGCUAAAAGGAGAGCAUGGGCAACAACACAACCCUCUCAGUUCCACUAUUCUAAAUGUUAGGAUAUAGCAAACCAUAUGCAUGGCAAUCCCUUUGCACAUGCUUCCUGGCUCUCCUUCCCCUCCCCAAUCAGUUGUCCUUUUAAAAUGGUUUCACAAUCAAGUUCAAUUUGUUAUUUGCAGAUAGGAAAAGAUUGGGGGCACUCCAGCCAUUUCCUGUAACAACAAACAGAUGUAAAUACAGAAGUAAGGAAGGGUGAGAAAAUGGCUCAAGGAGGAGCCUCCCUUUAUCAAAUUAGGCACCCUCUUUUUGGAAACUAGUGGGUGACUUUCCUUCCAUAGAAAAUACUUGAUAUACAUUUUAUAUAGGGGAAACCGCUGCAAAAUGGUUAGCGCUAAAAGAUAGUAAAAUUUCACGGGAAGGUUAGGGAUAAUUAAAAUUUGGUAUUUUAAGUCCCAACCUGAAAUACAUUGGGCAGUUAUUUUUAGUCCCGCAAAAGGAAGUUAUAAGGAGUGGGACUUUUGUCUAUUAAGCAUAAUUAGGACACAGUGUUACUUUACAGACCCAAAGCCAAAUUUAUAGACAAACAUAUCAAGCCCCCAUUUACUACGACAGUUUAAAGCAGCAUCUAUUUCAUGCUGAACACAUGCCAAGUGUGUUCAGUCUGCCACUGGAAAACUUUUGUUUGGGGUUCUUUCACCCAUCAUGUAAGAAGAUUAGUUCUUUGGUUUUAGUGCAUGCCAUGCAUUUAGCUGGAAUUAACAAUUUACGGUUGAAUUAUCAGAGGUCUACUUAAUCAAGAAACCUGGUCAAGGCAAUGUUGUCCAAAUCACUUCUCGCUUUGGAAUCUCUUCUGUGCAAUACAUUGCAAGCAUAAAAAAGUAGAAGCACCAAUUAAAUUUCUUCUGCAUGAGGUGUUUUGGCCUUAAUAAAUCUUCUAAUUUACAUAUCUUCCUGAUGUUAUGGAGCGCGAACUGGGAAGACUAAAGAAGCUACAGAAAGAACAAGAGAGAAUCAGUGUUUAGCUUGCAGGUUCACUCAGUUACAUCAAGUGUAUAGCAUGAAACCACACGGUUGCAACUCAAGGAAAUAUAAAAGUCCAGUUGUAUGCAUGGAAAUUUCUACCGUCUUCUGUUUAAAGGCGGCGGCUAUUUAACCCUGCUGCUGAACUUUUAAGGGGGAUAUGUAGUCACUACCAUUCUAUACAGAUAAAAUAUAAAAAGAAAGUGUACGCAGCUAGAUAUAUUUUGAUAGUACAGCAACAGCUAAGCCAUCCUGCAUCCCACACUUCGCAUCUUUCAAAUGCAAAAAAUACUUUCAUAAGUAACCUGCUCCCAAUGAUUCAAACAGACUUAAAAAGAAAGAAGAGGGCAGACAGCAAAUACAACUAAAGAACCCGAAUAAAGCUUGCGGAUCAAUAUUGCCACCUGGCAUCCCAGAUCAGCCUCUGGGCUGUCAGUGCCCCAACAGGGCCCAUCAGGCAGCUAGGUGUGUAAGCCUCCAUUUUAAUUUCCCAUCAUGAUACAGCACUGGGCACUCUGGGAAAUAAAAAUGGCAGCAGCUGCUGCUGUCGCCACCGCCUGAGGGGUUCAUCAGUUGAACAGGCAUGAUAUCAGAAUGCACUGUGCCCCCAAAUCUGGAAGCAGCCUUGAGCAACUCGAUUGAACCCUUCACUGACACAUUUGGCCAUGAUCUGGUUUCAACUUGUGAAGCUUAUUGUUCAUCUGCCCUUCCCACAGUUCUCGUCACUCGUCGGAAUAUAGCAUGAGGAGAGCCCCAAAGAAGCCAACUGGCUCCAUCUCUCCUCGCCUAACUAAACAUACAAAGUAUAUAUGCAAAACCAUUAAUUUGCUUUUACUGUUUCCAUUAAAGACGGAAGGAUCCAUGGCCCGACAGAUAACUUUAUCAGACUGUAACCAACCAUUUGACCUUUCUGCCUCUUUUUGUCCUCACUUGCCACAAGAUGUCCCCCCUGCCUCUUAAAAGAAGUUGAAGCCAUGCUCAAGUCACUCCAAUAUUUAAGACACCAUGGUAAGACUUAAGAAAGCAGCUCCCAUAUGUAAACUCGAAGAAGAAAAAGAAGAGGAGGGGAGGAGGAGUUUGGAUUUGAUAUCCCACUUUAUCACUACCCUAAGAAGUCUCAAAGCAGCUAACAACCUCCUUUUCCCUUCCUCCCCCACAACAAACACUCUGUGAGAUGAGUGAGGCUGAGAGACUUCAGAGAAGUGUGACUAGCCCAAGGUCACCCAGCAGCUGCAUGUGGAGGAGCGGAGACGCGAACCCG